CCUCUGCCACACCAAUCACAAUUUAGAAAUAGAGAGUUUGGAUUGGUCAAAAGCGUGUAACGUAAGGUUGAGCAACGAGAAACUUGUGGAAAACAUUACCCAUUCCCUUUUCUGUUCGUUGUUCCGCCCAACCAACAGAAAAGCCAGCAAUCCCAUUUCCAUUUGAGAUCACAAAGAAAAGCGGUCACAAAUUUCUCGCCUUUUGCUCAUCUCGUCAACUCUCAAUUUCAGGCCGUUGUGGAAUCCCUGGAUCGAAAGUCCAAUUUUUUGGAUUUCACACUUUCAAUCCAUUCUCUGCCGACAGAUUGAGUUUUCUACACUUUUGUCCCAACUAGCCUUCUUCGCUUUUUCUAGAAGAAGGCUUCUGGGAUCAUAUAUAUUCUUUGUCGAGAAGAGAUCUUUUGAAAAUGAUAAGAUGGUGGAUAACAACACUGCAAUUGGCAGAGCUAUUUGUGACCUCUCUGGUUCAUUUGGCUUAUGGGUUCUAUAUAUUCAGCACGGCUGUGGCCGGUGAUAUCUCUCAGACCUUGAGUGAUUGGUUUUUCAAGCCCAAUCUGGUGGACAGUGGGUUAAAAGCCGAAGAGUUAAAUCGGACAGCCAGCGCCAAUGAUUUGCCUCCCAUUGUUUUGGUGCAUGGAAUCUUUGGUUUUGGAAAAGGGAGAUUGGGUGGGAUGUCUUAUUUUGCUGGAGCAGAGAAGAAAGAUGAACGGGUUCUUGUGCCUGAUUUGGGGUCAUUGACUAGUGUUUAUGAUAGGGCUCGAGAAUUGUUUUACUAUUUGAAAGGAGGUCAGGUUGAUUAUGGGGAAGAACACAGCAGGGCUUGUGGCCAUUCUCAAUUCGGAAGAACUUAUGAACAAGGACAUUACCCUGAGUGGGAUGAGGAUCAUCCAAUUCACAUUGUGGGACAUUCUGCUGGAGCACAAGUUGCUCGUGUUCUUCAGCAAAUGCUUGCUGACAAGGCAUUCAAGGGGCAUGGAAGUACCUCAGAGAAUUGGGUCUUAAGCAUAACAUCAUUAUCUGGAGCUUUCAAUGGCACAACAAGAACUUACCAAGAUGGAAUGCAACCUGAAGAUGGGAGAUCUUUGAAACACAUCUGCCUACUCCAGCUUUGCCGCAUUGGAGUGAUAAUUUAUGAUUGGUUUGACAUACCCUGGCUGAAGGAAUACUAUAACUUUGGGUUUGAUCAUUUCAACAUCUCUUGGAAGGAAAGUGGUAUUUGGGGUCUUGUUGAUUGUCUUUUGGGCAAUGCGGGUCCAUUUGCUUCAGGGGACUGGAUACUUCCUGACCUUACUAUCCAGGGUGCUAUCAGACUUAACACCCACUUACAUACAUUUCCCAACACAUACUACUUCAGCUAUGCCACACAAAGAACAAGACAAUUGAUGGGCUAUACAGUCCCUUCUGGCAUACGUGGGAUACAUCCUCUACUGUUUCUCAGAGUACUUCAGAUGUGCAUAUGGCGAUAUCCAACUGAUGUCUCCCCACCUUACAAAGGUUAUAGGGAUGAAGACUGGUGGGACAAUGAUGGAGCAUUAAACACUAUAUCAAUGACUCACCCGCGUUUGCCUGUUGAACAUCCAAGUCAUAAUGUUGGGAAGGGUUCUGACUGCCAGCCAUUACAACCAGGCAUCUGGUAUUAUAAGAUUGUCGAAGGUGAUCAUAUUCUUUUCAUUGUAAAUCGGGAAAGAGCUGGAGUUCAAUUUGAUUUGAUAUAUGACAGCAUAUUUGAGCGGUGCAGGAAGCACGUCUUUAGGAAAGUUCCUACGCUCCCUGAUCAGGCAACCUCUACGUAGUAACAUAAAUUUCUCUACGGAGCUUGAAGAGCAUUGUGAAUGGAGGAGUAUCAUCCACUUUACUUUAUUGUUGUAAUAGAUUUCUGUAGACUUCUUUUUCGGCUAUCCUCUUUCGACUGCUUCCUGCAAAUGGAGUAUCAAUGAGAUGCUCAAUGCCUAUAGGUCAACCAUUUUGUUUUGUUGAAACAGUGUGCCUAAUUUUGUUUGUACAUGUAUGGAUGGAUGGUGAUUGUACAUUUCAUGCAACUUAGAUAACCCAACCUAGUUUACACCGUGGAUGAAAUUUACCAUUCAUUACUUAAUAGUUCAUACUCCAUGAACAAUUUC